ACAAUAGGGGCGUGGCCAGGUCCCGCUGUGCCCAUCCAACGCCCCAGGUGUCGGUCUCCCGCUCGAGGCCAGAACUGUUUGGAUUUAACUGUCAGUGGACUGCUGCAGUCUGGCGGUCCGGGGACCCGGCCGUGUCCUAGCAUAAGGUCGGGGCCCAGGAGAAGGGGCGGGGAGUAGGACAAGCCACCCCGCCCCGCUAUGUGGCACCCUCUGGUCCUGCUGCUGCUGCCCCCUGCCCUGGCGCCCCCCUCCGCCGCAGCCCCUGUCCGCGAUGCUGACGCCCAGCACAGCUCCUCGGAUUUUCUAGGCCUCCAGAGCCUGCUCCAAAGCUUCAGUCGACUUUUUCUGAAAGAUGACCUGCUACCGGGCUUGGACAGCUUCUUCUCUGCCCCCAUGGACUUCCGGGGCUUCCCCAGGAACUACCACCAAGAGGAGAAUCGGGAGCGCAAGCUGGGGAACAGCACCCUCUCCAGCCACCUCCAGAUAGACAAGGUGACUGACAACAAAACCGGAGAGGUGCUCAUCUCAGAGAAAGUGGUGGCGGCCAUCCAGCCAGCAGAGGGCAGACCGGAGGAAGGCUGGAAGGUUCCCAAGAUGGACGAGAAGGAAGCCUUGGUGCCCAUCCACAAGGCCAUGGACAGCUUGCGCCCAGAGCCCCGCCCACGGGUGGCCUUCUGGAUCAUGAAACUGCCCCUGCGCAGGUCCCGCCAGGAUGCCCAGGAGGGCAGCCGCUGGCUCGGCGAGAAGCAACACCGCCUUCAAGCCAUCCGGGACGGGCUCCGCGAGGGGAGCCGCGGGGAUGUCCUUGAAGAGGGGACCCCGGGCUUGCCCCGCUCCCGGCUGCCCCGCCGCAAGACCCACUUCCUGUACAUCCUUCGGCCCUCUCAGCAGCUCUAGGGGACGGGCGCACCUGCACGUACCCCGCAGACCCCUCCCAGUGCCUUAUGGAAAUAAAGUUGUU